UGCUGCUGCCCACUCCUCUCACGUCUUGAUUGGCCGUCUUGGCCGAAAUCCUCUUGAAUGAUUUCAAACCCAACCCGAGUGUUUGGACAAGAAGGAGGGGGGUCCGCGGCUAAUUCCGAGCUGGCUGAGUGGAAAGGCUUGAAUCCAACCAACACAGCACCUCAGUAAAGAGGCUUACCCGAGGAGCGUUGUUGACGGUAAAACGCGUUCAACAGAGCACCGCCGGUAACAAGUGGACUUUUGAAGGGUCGUGUUUACGCGACGUUUCACAUUUUAAACUCAAAUUAGGGUUUAAACGAACUGAAAUUUCAAAUUGUUGGGCUUUUUUUGUUUACCAUCGUUUGAAUGGAGCGAUGUCCAGAGGAGAGGGCGCACAUUGCGAUGGGACGCGGAGUGUUGUGCUGAUGGGGACCAGGACCGGAUAGAAAAUAACUGGUAACUAAUCGAUUUAAAAUCAUGUGUUUCCGUUAUUGACGGAAUGUGAGUACCAGUGUUUGUUUCCGUAAAUAGGCUACAUAAAGGGGUUUUCCUUUUUUUAAAAUAGUCGGGGCAUUCAGUUCAUGCACGGGUUGCCAUAGCAUUGCAUUAAUAUUAAUAUUCUUUUUCAUUAUCGGCCUGUUGAAGAAGAGGGCAUAACGAUGCAUUCAUAUUUUGGACAAUGUGUUUUAACACAAUUUUGCAACUGAGGGUUGGCUAAUUUAGUUUUGACAGUACAUUUCAAGCCACUUUUUACACGAACUGAGACUCAGACAGAGACAGCCAUGGCUAAAAAUCCGUCCGAGGGACCGAAGGAUGAAGUGAGCGAGCUGACGGACGAUGAGAUGCUGCGGUGCAGCAAAGAGGAGUUGAUCCGGAGAUUAAGGAGGGUUGACGGCGAGAAAAUGAACUUGAUGAUCGAGCAUGGCAACAUGAUGAAAGACAUCAACCGGCGGCUGCAGGUGCACCUGCACGAAAUCCGGAGCCUGAAGGAGAUCAACCAGAAGCUGCAGGACGACAACCACGAGCUCCGGGAGCUCUGCUGCUUCCUGGACGACGACCGACAGAAGGGCAAGAAGCUGUCCCGGGAGUGGCAGCGCUUUGGCCGCUACACUGCCAGUGCCAUGUGGAAGGAGGUGGGCACCUACAUGAUGAAGCUGAAGGACCUGGAGGCCAACCAGGACACCGUGUUGAGGGAGAACUCUGAGCUGAAGGAGAUCAUCCUCAUGCUGGAUGAGGAGAGGAACGGAGCGGGGUCCAGGAGCUCCAUAGACAGUCAAUCCAGUUUAACCAACCUGAACGGUGGCACCGGCACAGUCAGGGAUGUUGGAGACGGGAGUAGCACGUCCAGCACAGGAAGUGCUGGUAGCCCCGAUCACCACAAUCACAACCACAUACACAAGCCCGCCUCAGAGAACAGUAAGGUAGGCACCACCACGAGGAGGUCCAUGGAUGACCUGUCAGCGCCCCACCAUCACAGGAGCAUCCCCAAUGGACUUAAUGAUUCCUCCUCCAACUACAUCAGGCAGCUGGAGACUAAAGUGCGGAUCCUGGAGGACGAUAACAAUAAGCUUCUUUCACAGGCUUAUAGCCGGUAUAGUUUAUCACAGAUACAGACGAAAAAGCAGUGUAACCCGGGUGACCUUCGUGCCCUGAGGAAGGGAAUGACCCUCUACCACUCAGAGUCCCAGCUGUCCUCACUGCCCCAACGCCAGGACGCCAUGCACAUGGGUACUGGCCGUCUCCCCACCAGCGAGUCCUCUCCUGCCACAGGCUACCUGUCCUGCGCCCAGAAGCCUGAGGCUGUGGUGCACGCCAUGAAGGUGCUGGAGGUCCACGAGAACUUGGACAAGCAGCUUCCUGAGGACUACGAGGACGAUCUCAGUGAGAAAGAGAAGGCCAUUGUGCGAGAGAUGUGCAACGUGGUGUGGAGAAAGCUGGGUGAUGCAGCAGGAUCAAAGCUGUCCAUCAGACAGCACCUCUCUGGGAACCAGUUCAAAGGGCCGCUGUAGCAUGGCAACCAGAGAGAGAGAGAAACCGGGAUUUACAGUAUCUACACUCACCUGAAAACACCUCUUACUACCUGCGCCUACACAACCCAUCAUGCCGAGCUUCCUACUGCCUACAGCAUUCAGCAUUCCUUCAACAACCGCUCUCUUAAGACUGUGUCAGAUAGCUACUUAAUGGACCUGUUAGUCUGUUAUCCUCAUGCACAACUUUACGUGUUUUUAUCUCUGAGCUUGUGAAGCGUUGGCAGCUAGUUUCACUGAUUUUAUUUGUCGAUUUGGAGGCUUCCAGCUACACAAUGAUCUCUCUCUGUAAAAGCUAUAAACACACCAUUUUUUAGUUCUUUAGAGCAUAGUUGUGCUACAUUAAGCUAACGAUAUGACAUGGUUUUUAAGCACAGACCUGAUAAGGCUGCAGCAGGGGUGGAAAUCUCUCCACAUGUUGCUGUGGAUGUGAAGGCAAACACGAUGGCGGUAUCUUCAGAUACAUUUUGAUAGUACCUCCUAUAGAGACCCCUAGCUCCUGUCACAUGUAUCGUCCCCCCCUAGUGGUCAAUAAGUAUAACUAGCAUUAGCAUUCUAAAGUGUUAACUAAUGUGAAACCCACUGUGACCUAGCGCCUUUUGCUCAUAAGACAAGUCUAUGGAUAAAAUGUCUAGAGAUCACUGUUAACUUGUGUAUAUUGUGUAUAAAACCAUAGCACUACUUUCACUGUUAUUAUUUUACUUUGAUCUUUUUUGUAUUCUAGCGUGGCCAUGUGAUCAAUUAUUUAGUUUGAAAUGCAUACACAACCGGACCUUAAACAGGGUUUGCUUUUGGUAGGAAAAAAAACAAAAACAUAAUCUUAUUUUAUUUUUUCUUCUUCUCCAGAUUAAUUGCUAGAAUUCCUUUUCUCUGUAACGACAGAAAAUGUUUCAAGGCCAUUCUGAAUCAAAGCAUCUCCACCGGCUAACGGAUAGAUACUUUUCUUACUUUGUGAAAUUAACUAAAAUUGUAUGCUGUGUUGCAUGCUCGACAAUCAUUUUCUCAGGUUGGGAGGGCUACAGCUUUACCUUUGCCCAUCUGUGACUGCGUGUUUGUGUGUGUUGGCGUGCAUGUGUGUGUGGAAGGAGAUUGUAUGCUUCUCUUGCAGCUGUAGCAUCUGCCUGUGAAUCCUCUUUUUCUCUAUUGAACCCUGGUUACAACUCGUUGAAGACAGCUGAAGGCAUUUGCUGAAUCCAUACAAAAAGCCUUGUCCCAUUAUUAAACAUUUGUAAGGCCAAAUACUAAACCUGAGUUUGGAUGGCAUUCUUGGAUUGCUCCUAAUUCAUCUCAGUAGAUGAAAAAAGUUACUUUUCUUAAUCUCAGUCCUUUUCUGUGGAUUCAGCAGGUGUGUUUAUGCGGCGCAUGUUUCUUAAAGUUGAAUCUUUUUUUUCUUAGAAUGAGAUAAGUCUUCCCUUAGAUGUCUCCUGAAAACACUAACAUUUAAAAAUGAGUAUUUCUUGAUUUCAGAAAGAACAAACGCUGUUUGUCAGAGUAUUUAUUGCCAGGUGUCAGAUAGAGAUGGGAGAGCAAUCAGUAUCUGAACAGUCAUAUUUUAAAUUGAGCAUAUUUACUCACACUGUAAAGUUAUUAAAGAUAGAUACGUUUAGUGACUGACAGCUCAGGCUCUCCCACCUCUAGUGUUAUUUGUUCCAAAUUAGAACAUUUGAGGCUGCGCGCCACGCACCUCUGUUCUGUCAAUGGGGUCAAAAAUAAAUCAAAGUAUGGUUUUUUUUAAAGUGUCCUUUUUUCUAGGAACUGAUUUAAAGCCAUGAUGCAAUUUUGAAUACUUUAUAAAUGGCAUUUGAUUUUAAAUGUGCCACAUUUCUUUUCCUGCAUGGUAUUUUGAUUUGGAACCCAACUGUCUUUUUUUUAAAACAUCUAUAGUGUUUCUUUUCUUCUGCCUAUAUGCUAAAACCACAGUACAGAAUCCUAGAAUCUACAGCGUAAAUGUCAAUUCCUGUAGUAACUAGCAUGACUGUAACUUCUUUUCACGAAUUUCACUUAUAAAACGAGUAUUUGGCAGGUGAAAGGAAGACAUGAAAUAGGCCACUUUUAGAAACAUUUGGGAGAAAAUAAACGAAGUUGGUUAAUAAUA